AUGGUCGACAAAGUGAAGGCUUUGGCCUAUGUGGACAUGCAGCACGAUGCGCUUGCCGUCUUCGAUGACGUCGAGCAGGGCACCGUGACCAAGGAAGAUGUAUGGGUGUCGGUGGUGAGUUAUCUUCGGCAGAACGUGAGCUUAUCCCAGUACAAACUCGGGUCUCCCUCUGUCCAUGGCAAGGUUCGCGUUGAGUCUGGUGACGGAGGCGCCCAUCUGGAAUCUCUAAACGGUGUCAAUGUCGAGCGCGUCUCCAAGGAGCUCAACGUCGCCAGCCGACCAGUCCGAUUCCCUCGUCAGUCUGUCAAGCCUCCUUACACGAAGAAGAGCAACGUUUCACUGAGCAUCAACUCCAUCGACUUCGCCGAGAAAUCUGGCAAGAUGGUGAUUGGCGGACCCGACGGAUACUGCGUCGUUUUGUCGCCGCAGAAGCCAGAGGAAGUGUUGGAACUGAAGGGUCACGUCGGCGACGUUCUCAACGUCAAGUGGUUCCCCAGCGGCGAGGUCGUCCUGACUGCAUCUUCUGACUUGUCCCUCCGCAUCUUCUCUGGCGUUGAUGGCAUCAACCCUCGAACAUUGAAGGGCCACACGCGGGCAGUUACUUCAACGCACAUCAUAGGCGUUGGCAAACAAGUUCUUUCUGGCAGCAAGGACAGCACCGUCCGCCUCUGGAACGUGGGCCAGGGAGCCGAGGAGAAGAAGUGGACUGUCCCGGACGGCAAGUUCGUUGACGGCAUAGUGGUUGUGGAUGAUGCGGAGGGCGUCAAGACGCUCGGGGGUGCAGAGGGUGACUCGAUCGCCCUUGCCGCCUCUCCAGAGGGCUCACUCACCGCCUUCUCGCUGGCUUCUGAGUCUGGUGCUGAGCCCGCAUUCGUCGUCCAGCCCGACAUCUACUCCAACCUGAUCUCUAUUGACUACUCUCCGAAGCUCCAAGCUAUCGUCACCGGCCACCAAAACGGCACCAUCGCCGUCCGGCAGCUAAAGACGCUGCGCGCGGCGGAGGGGAGCAUCGAGGACGUCUCACCGACGCUCGUCAUGCGAAACGAGUCCCCGAUCUACAGCGUCGUCUUUGACGAUCGAGAUGACGGAAUCUUGGUGGGUACAGGCAGCGGUCUGCCAUGUCGCUUGAGUUUGCAGGUCGAUGGCAGCGGCAUCACUGUCGAUACGAAAGAGGAGUACGGCGGGUGGGAAGCUGUUGGUAUCGAGACGUGGGCUGUCGCUCCGGAUGGCGUCUGGUGUGCGGGAGGAGAAGGCGGCGUGAUCACUCGUUACUAG